UAUUUUACCGCAGUAUUUGUAAACAAGUAAACAGCUGUUCUAAUUUUACCAUUUUUUUGCCUUUAGCAUAAUUUUCUGAAUAAAUCGUCCUUUUUUGAUCAUUUUGUGACUAAAUCAAGUACAAACAAAUGGAUAUUGUCGUAGAAGGAUCGAUAGAUUCCCGCCCGGUUUGUCGACUGUGUUUGGGCGAAGAGGACAUCCUCGAUCAGCUGGGAGAUCUCCAUCGGUGGAUUUCGGAUUAUAUUUCCAUUGUGAUUCACCCGAACGACCAUUUAAGUCACUCGAUUUGCGUGAAUUGUCGAGCACGAUUGGAGGAAUUCCGAGACUAUCAGCAGCGCUGCGUAAAAAUGCAAAACGUUAUGCAGAGCGAAAGUUCCGUGAUGGUGCGGAAUGUAGACACAAAAUCUACUCUGGAGCAGAUGGGAUCAGAAGAAGCAAUAAAACAAGAACCAGGUUUACAGGACCACUCACUUCAGACUUGUCGGCUUUGUUCAAGCAGGGAAUGUGUCGACGAUGUGUUCAACUACGGAGACCUACAUCGGUGGAUAUCGGAUUACUUGUCGAUUGAGAUAUCCAAUGAAGACAGCACAAAUCGGUUUUGCUGUGCCAUCUGCAAGAUUCGAUUGGAAGAAUUUCGGAACUUUCACCUGCGAUGCCUAGAGGUUCAAACACAACUGCUGAAUAGCGAGGUCACUGUCGUGAAGGUAGGACCGGCAGAAAAUACUGCGGAGGAUUUUGAAAGUUCACAGAUUGUAGAAGAAACUCAUGGUGAACAGUCGAUCCAGUGCAAAGUAUGCCAUAAGGUGAUAAAAGGCACGAAGCGUCUUAAGGACAAGCUAACGAAUCACAUGGUGAUGCAUGGCCCGAAGAAAUACGCGUGCAGCAUUUGUGAGAAAGCAUUCGCGAGGAGUUUUCACUUAAAAGAUCACAUGAAAGUACACAACAAAAUUGACAAAGGACCAGUCGAGUGUGGAGUGUGCCAUAAAAUGUUCAAAAAUAUGAGUACAUUGCGAGUACAUAACAAGUAUCAUGGGCCGAAGAAACACGUGUGUCACAUUUGCGGCAUAGCAUUCGCAGUACGUCAAAGUUUGAGGAAUCAUUUGCAGACUCACAAUAGUAUAGAGACAAUUGAGCGGCAUUCUGAUCAUCCAUUGAGGUGUGAUGUAUGUUUCAAAUUAUUAAAAAAUCAAAUAUCGCUUCGUUACCAUAAGAAAAACCAUGAACCAAAAAGUCAAGUGUGCUCCAUUUGCAGCGCUGCCUUCAUCCGGGGUCGAGAUUUAAAAGAUCAUUUGGCAACUCACAGUUCUUCGAACGGAAUGGAAGACGGCGAAAGCCAUAUAGUUCUUCCUUUCAAAUGUAACAUAUGUCCUAAAGCUUAUAAAAGAACUACGAGUCUCCUACAACAUAUGAAGCUUCACGAACCGGAUAAAUAUUCGUGCUCCCUGUGCAACAAACAGUUUGCCGUAAAGCGACGGUUAAAUGUCCAUAUGAGAACUCAUAAAAAGCGCAGUUUACAAUCUGAAGAGAUGGAUGAGGCAGAUAUGGAUAAACUUCUUUCUGGUGAUCCAUACGAAUGUGAAUUGUGCCCAAAAAUAUAUCAUUUUCAACACGAUUUGUUAAGACAUAUGAGGAACGUACAUAAAUUCAAAAAACAUACUACGUUGGGAUUGGAGAAUGAUCAGCGUUCACCGUUGGACAAACGGAAAUCUGACGACAUAGUAGACGCCGUAUAUUCAUUCAAGUGUACCGUAUGUCGCAAGGUUUACAAGAAAAAGGCUCUACUAGUGAAGCACAUCAAAAAGAUUCGUGCCAAAAUCGCUUUCAAGUGUUCCGUUUGCAGUGAGCGAUUUUAUUCACGCGAUUUGCUUGAAAAGCAUUUCAAAGAUGCCAUACAUGCUGAGGGGAGUACACCACAGGACACUGGAAACAAUGCCGAAAGUUCAAUGGAUUCAAAUGAUAUGUUUGAAGCAGAAGAGAUUAAAGUUGAAAUUCAAUCAGAUGAUGAUGAUUGAUGACCUUCCAGCAUACGUAGACAAGUAUUGCUGAAACCGUGCGCAAUAAAGGGUCUUAAUUUGGGUCCUGUCUGCCUCUAUAAUUAAUGUACCUAAGAUUCAAACCCGAGUUUUACUUUGUUUACUUAUUUGAGAAAAGUUUGCUUGUUUCUAUUUACCCCGCAAUAGGCCGAAUAGAAACAGCAUUAAACACAGUUAUUUUUAAAUUUCAAGAAAGAAAUAGCUACUACAAAAUUUAACCUUCUUCAUGCAUUAGCUAAACUUCACCCGCUGACGCAGUCCACGCUAAGCGUGCCUGUCUGGGUCAUAAUGACCUCAAUGCACGACUAGGGUUAAGACUGGUUUUCCCAAACUAAAAUAUCUCAGAAAAAAAAUCCGAAAAAAACUAAAAACUCGAUGAAACCCGUAAAAGCUUUGCCGUCUUUUGAUGGUACAAUAACUUAACCAAAAUACCUGAAGAGUCAACUUUAUCGAUUUUUGUUUAUCUCUUUAAUUAGGUCCACAUGUCUAGGAAUAUUCUAAGACGAGACGAGUUGAAUAUCAUAAAUGUAUGAUGAUGAACCUGGGCGUGUUAAUGGAAUAUGUAGGUAAAAAGAAAAUUGGGUUAAGUAUUGUUCCUUUCAAUUCCACUAAGAAUUUGCAUCCUUUGACAGAUACGUAUUUUCAUUGUUUCCGGAGGGUCUCCAAACGCACCAUUGCAUCGGGUUUGGUCAACAGGUCGGCGAGCAUCUCUUCUGACGGACAGUACUGCAAAUCGAUUUGACGGUGUUGGUGUAGAUCACGAACGAAGUAGAACAAGGGCGUAGCCAAGGGGGGGGGGGGGGGCAGGGGGGCAACCGAGCAACUAUAUUCUAACUUAAUCGAAAAACUUAGAUGAUCAGAGCUGUUUUUGACUAGUAAAAAUAAAAUUCUCCUGCAUCCUCGUAUUUUUUUUAAUGUAUGCAGGAAUUCCUUCGGAAAUUCUUGGAGGAAUAUCUUCGAAAAUUCCUGAGGGUAUUCCUUCGGAAAUACCUGGAGGAAUUCCUUUGGAAAUUCCUGAAAGAAUUCCAUCCAAAAUUCCUGGAGGAAUUCCUUCGCAAAUUCCUGGAAGAAUUCCAUCGGAAAUUCCUGAAGGAAUUCCUUCGGAAAUUCCUGAAGAAAUUCCUUCGGAAAUUCCUGAAGGAUUCCUUCGGAAAUUCCUGGAGGAAUUCCUUCGGAAAUUCCUUGGGCAGUUUCUUGGGAAAAUCUUGGAUGAAUACCUUCGGA